GGCCCCUUCCCAAAGGCCAUGAAGUGCUACCAUUGCGGCCAACAGGUGAUGACAGUGACCAGUCAAAAGGCCGGCACCAUUACGUGGGCCCUGUGCUCCCUGUUGUGUAUAGUAGGAUGCUUUUGCGGCUGUUGCCUGAUACCAUUCUGCGCCAACCCUACCCAAGACAUAAUGCAUAACUGUCCCAGUUGUAAACAGUUUUUGGGCGCCUACGAGCGAGUUAAAUUUAGACGGUAAACACACACAUCAUGGUCACUUUAUUUUGGCUAACCUGGUCACGUAUACACACGAUUAACGCAACUUAACUCGAUUGAUUUAUUCAAUGAUUAUAUUCAAUCAUAUUUAUAUUUGAUAUUAUUUAUAUAUUUUUAUAUCAACUUUUUUGUCGCCUAUUUACUCAGAUGUUAUUUGUAUGCAAUUUUGAUAAUAAUGUAUGUUUUUGAUUAGGG